AACAUUAAGCAAGGAGUAACAAGAAGAAAAUGAUGAGCUUCGUCUCAAAAGGGUCUGUUGGAGCCAUUCUCCUUUUGGCAAUCUUCUUGGUUAGUGAAGCUCAGCAAUGUCGUCCAAGCGGAAGAAUCAGAGGAAGGAAGCCUCCUCCUGGACAAUGUAACACGGAGGAUGACUCUGACUGCUGCAAAGCCGGGAAAAUGUAUCCAACAUACACAUGCUCGCCACCUAUGUCUGGCAACACGCAGGCUUACCUCACUCUUAACAGUUUUGAAGCAGGCGGUGAUGGAGGAGGCCCAUCGGAAUGUGACGGCCAGUACCACGAUGACAACACUCCGGUUGUGGCAUUAUCCACCGGAUGGUACAACGGUGGAUCAAGGUGCCUUAAGAACAUCAGAAUUAACGGUAAUGGGCAGAGUGUGGUGGCCAUGGUGGUUGAUGAGUGUGACUCUACUGAAGGGUGUGAUGCAGACCACGAUUACCAGCCUCCUUGUCCUAACAACAUUGUUGAUGCCUCUAAGGCUGUCUGGAAAGCCUUGGGUGUGUCUGAAGACAAUUGGGGUGGCUUAGAUAUCACUUGGUCCGACGCUUAGUUACUGUCUACACAGCUUGUUGCAUGCAUUUGUUGCUUUUUGUUAUGUAUCUGUUGCAUAUAUAAUGUGUUCUAGCAGUUGUAUAACUUAAGACUAUAUCAUAUAUACAUACUCGUGUUAUCUAGAUACAAUUUCCGAUUGGUAUCUAUUUACAGAUGUUUCUGAUCCCAUCUCGUAUGAUCCCUUGA